AUGCCUCUUGCUUCAUCGGAAGGCUCUCAUUCAGCAACAACACAAUCAACCUUCUCGUUGAAUGAAAAGAUGAAAGAAUGGGAAUGGAUUUUGAGAGGAGCUUACAUACUCAGCUUGAUCAUUCGCUUUUUGUGUAUCUUUCCGAUGGGAUAUAUUUUUCCUGAUGAAUUUUUUCAAUCUCCUUCAUUUACUUCUUCAAUAGUAUUUAGGGGGUUAUAUCAACAACAAGUAGAUUUGGGUUGGAAUAAUAAUCUUACAACUUACAACUCAAUGAAUGGAACUGUAUUGGAUGAAAGCUUUUUAAGAUGGGAGUUUACAUUUGAGUUUCCUCAAAGAAAUACUUUAAUUCCUUUGAUAUUCACUGGAAUUCCAUUGUACGUGGUGAAAAUAAUCAUGUCAUUUUGCAAGAGCAUGUUGGAUCGAGAUGAAUAUUUGCAAUUAUUACACCAAUAUUCACCUCUAAUUAUUUUAUAUGCGCCAAAAAUUUUAUUGUUCUUCCUUUCCUUUUUAAAUGACAUGUUUGUGUGGAAAUUAUUGUGCUCGAGGGAUUGCAAAGCGUCACAUCAAUUUAAAGGAUCAUCUUUGCGAUCGCUAUCGUCAAAGAGCUUAUUUUUAUUCACUAUUUAUUCAUUCUUUCUAACAACAUUGGUCUUCUCGACGAGAACUUUUGCGAAUACAAUAUCAGGAGCAUUAUUUGCUCUUUUCUUGCUGAUGGAGAUGAAAAGAAGAGAAACAGGAAGCACCAUUUAUUUAUUAUGGAAUGCAAUCAUUUUCUCGCUGGGCUUUUUCAGCAACUUUAUUUUUGCGUUUUAUGCUACUCCAGUUGCACUGAUGUCGUUACUCUCACCACUGUUUGAACAAUGGCAUUCUUCAUUCAAAACAAAAUUUUUGUUCAUAACGAGAAAUAUUGUAACAUUCGGAUUUACAGCAUUGAUGGCCUGCUCUUUCUUGAUUCUUCUUGACAGCAUAUUUUUCUUUAAGUAUUUUUCUCGACCAAAUUAUUUGAGCUCUUUUAGAUACUUACUUUAUAAGUUGAACUUAAUUAGCGAUUGGAACGACCCGACAUUAAGCCCUAUAUUCAAUUCAAGCAUUGUUAUUGCGCCAUUGAACAACAUCAUUUACAACUCUUACGUUGAAAAUUUGGCCAUUCAUACACUUCAUCCCAGAUAUAUCCAUUCUUUGAUUAAUUCACCUCUCUUAUUUGGAUUUACAUAUUUUGCUUUUUGUUUUAGACUUUUCAGAUGGAUUGCCAAAUACAUAUCUAGACUAUUCCUCUCCACUCAUUGGAACUCCUCUGCUGUUGGCAUUACUGAAAUUCCUUAUAUUAUUUGGAUUGCAUUUUUAUCUGCCCUGUCAGGAUUAAUAAUUCUAAGUUAUGUACCACAUCAGGAGCCUCGUUUUAUUUUACCUUCAUUUUGCUGCUUGGUGAUAUUGUCAGGAUACGACUUUGAACGAAUGGAUUAUUCAGAAAAAAAGAAUGACAGUCAAGUGUCCAACACCUCAACGAAUGAUAAUUCAAAUCUUUGGCCAGCACAAACCAAGAAGUUUCUCUUUCUUUGCAUCCUACAUGGAAUCUUACUUUCCAUAUUCUAUACAUUGAUUCAUCAAGUAGGUGUUGUGUCAAGCAUAACAUCUCUUCCAUCCAUCAUUCUGAAAUCUCAAACUCCAAAUUCAAAAGAAAUAGAAGGAAGGGUUGGCAUUGUUUAUCACAACACAUAUUCGGCGCCUCAUUACCUUUUGUCUUAUUUCAUUCCAACCAAGAUAUCUGUCACAGAUUUAGCAGGUGUUGAAAAUCCAGAAACCCUCCUUCACACCAUCAACGAACAAUUUAUGCACAAUGAUAGAAUUUUGGUUGUUGGACCCAAACAUUUAAAUGCCAAACUACUUCGGAACUCGUCGUACACUCAGCUUAAACCUCUGGCCACUUACUUCCACUUCAACACGGAAUAUAUCCAACCAAUCACACGGGACGAUUUGACAAAGUAUCCUUCUUUGCUCGAAUUCUUUAGACACUACAAGAAUGAGUACUUGACUAUUGAGGUUCUUGAGAUACAACCGAGAUAA